GCACCGGCUCGACACCAGGUGGAGAGGCCUCUGACAAUCGGCCACUCAGUGAAGACGUCCUGUUCGCUGUGAAUUUACUUGGAGCUCAUUGGUUCAUAUCUCUGUCAGUCACACGGGGCCUGGACAUGGCGGUCGCUGGCGGCUGGCAGCCUCCCCGGCCCUGCGAGGUCUACCGCGCCGAGUGGGAGCUCUGCCGCAGCGCCGGCCACGUCCUACAUCACUACUACGUCCACGGCGAGCGGCCCGACUGCAGGCAGUGGCUGCGCGACCUGACCAGCUGCCGCGAGUGGGAGGAGAGUCACAGCCCCCAGGCCCAGCGAUCCCUCUGUGAGAGUGAGCAGGCACGGGUCCAGGCUGCUCGGAAGCACACCCUGGUAUGGGCCUUGAGGCAGAAGCCCCCUACGGACUGGAACCUCCCUCUACCACCGGAGAAGGACAAGUGAUGAGUGACGAGCAACUGCAACCCUGCCCUUGCCCUGGACUUGGACUAGCUUCCACCUGACCUGGAACACAGAGGAAGGCACUUCCAGGUCUGAUUGCCAUUGUCCACCUGUACCCGGCGUCUCACCAUUGUGACACUCUGAAAGACACCUGUGUCCACAAUGGCAGGAAGCCAAGUACUGUGGCAGGUACCUGUGAGAAGCCUGGUUGGUCCAUCUUGUCCAUGCCACCACCUCUGAGAACAACCACACCAGAGGUGGCAGUCCUGAUGUGUGAGAAUCUCAAGUCUACAGUGGCAGCCCUGCCCUGUAUGGGCACAUGGCACAGUAGUCAGAAUAAGGUUGCUAAAUGGUUCUGCUGCACAUGGCUCCCUCUGACCAUGAGAAAUGGACCUCGAUGGCUUGGUUUUGCUGAUUACCAUGUUAUCCAAGCAUGGACCUCUUACUUGCUCUGCUCCCCUGCUUAGUGGGCAGGGCAACUUGCCCCUCUGAACCGGCACCUUUUACUGGUUUUUGCAGACUUUUAAAAAGAAAUACACACAGUCUUGCAGGAACCACAGACUCUGGGGUCAAGAAAUCCAAGUCACAACUAAAGUCAGAGUUCAAGUCCAAGGAAUAUAUGAUUUAGGUCGUCUGAUUUCUCCUCAUCGUUAUUGUAUUAAAAAGUGUUUGUUUCACAUGUUCGAUUCCAAAAGCAACCUGAAAAUUAAAGCCAUGUUUGUUACACUUUA